AUGGCGCGUAAAGGAUACGCUAAUUUACAAGAAGAAUUGUCUGCGACAAUCCCAAUAGAGGAACUCGAUCGUGCCACAAUGUGGGUGAAAGCACGGCAAGACAAAAAUGGUAACUUCAAAGCAGUUGAGGUGCAGGAGACAACCAAUAAAAUUCAAAAGUUAAAGCAGAAAGAGUCUGAUGGAUCGAUUACCACACAAGGUUCUGAUGAUGUGCUCACUUUGGCGUUGGGGAGACCUGAGCAUCCUGGUAGGGUACGGGGAGUUGGAGGAUAUAUCAAACCAGCUUCGUUCUUUGACCUGCCUAAACGACGAAAUAAAAGUGUUGAAGAGACAGUGAGGAAAAGUGUGAAGAGGAUAUUGGAGGAAGAGAAGGAAACCAUUCUUGCAAAGGAAAGAGCUUUAUGGCAGCAGGAGAGAGAAAGAGUGGUUGCUGAGGAGCGUGCAUAUUGGACAGCCAAGUUUGCAGAAUUAGCUGCAAAAAUUGAUGAAAAGAAGUUGCCAUUAGAGUCACCAAAACCUGUCACAACCCUUCAAGAUCCUGGUUCAGGACAAGGGAGUUGUUCCCGACAUGCUGAGAAAGUUAUGCAGAAUAAUCCGGACGGUGAGCUCAAUGCAGUGAAGAAGAGGUUGGUUUUAAAUGAUGAUGCAGCUGGAUUGUUAGUUGAAGAGAACCAUGAAGUUCCAGAAGGGAACCCCAAAGUAACGGCAAUAAUCGAGGAGGAGGUUAGAGACAUCAUGGCUCCCAAAACUUCUGCAAACACAGAUCUGGAGACGAUUGCUGCGGUGCAUAAGUGUGAACUGGCAGUAGAUAGGGUGGACAACAUUGUUGCAAUUGGAACAAUUAUUCAAGUGAAUGUUGCAUCGAGCGAUCAGCUGAUACAUAGUGUUCCAUUGGGAAAGGAAAAUAUGCGCGUCUCAGUUGUUCGAGCCAUUGUUGAUGAUGCCCUGUUACCUAUUCCAGUGAAGGAUGAGAUUGUCACUGUCAGCGACGCCAUUGGUACUUGUGUUGCCUGGCCAAGAAACCUGGUUGUUAUCCCUGGAGAAAAGGCACCCCUUAAAGCCAUUGAGCAGAAGAAAAAAAAUCGUGCUAAUACCAAGAAGAGAAUGAGAGAUGUAUUUGAUGAUAAUGAAGACCUUGAAAACUUGCCACCGAAUCUGCCAACAACAUUAAAGGAUUUGUGCACGUGGGGGAACAAUUUCCUUAGAGGCGGGGUCACCAUCCACACAACAUUUGCUGCGGACCUUUUCGGCCGUUCAAAGAAAGUCUGUCUGUUUAGAAGUGAUCUCUAUACCAUGGCCAACAACCUAGAAGUAUCAAAUCGUGUACUAGUGUUUUACAUGAGCUACCUUCAUGAAGUCUUGAAGAAGUGUAGGAUGGUGGAUAUGGUUGCCUUUGUCAAUCCUGAUCAGACUGGUACACUUGGGUGUGGAAAUCCCACUGAAAGGGCUUGGUCUUUGUCAGAUCGCUAUAGGCAAGGGAGGUUAGGGCAAAUCUUUGUGGUUCCAUAUAACUCAGGUGCUCAUUGGAUGUUGACGAUUGUGAACCCAAAUGAAGAAGUCGUGCACUUCAUGGAUCCACUUAAAAGGCGACUCGAUACUGGGGAAUGGAAAUCUAUUGUCAACAACUCCAUUAAAAUCUAUAAUGCUCACAAGAAUCGGAAAGGAAGGAAAGUAAUUCAAUGGAAGAAUCUUGCUGGUAUUCCGGAGCAAAAAAAUGACAAGACUUGUGGAUAUUUCAUUAUGCGUUACAUGAAAGAAAUUGUGGAGGGCAAGAACUUGGAUUUUAGUAUGAAGUGGGGAACGAGGUCAAAUUUGGUUUACACAGUCAAUGAUAUUGAUGAGAUCCAAGCGGAAUGGGCUGAGCAUGUUUUGAAGUUCCCAGAAAAUUAAGUAUCAGCCUAUAUAUAUGCUUUUGUUUCUGGUAGGUUAUGAGCAGUAGUAGUGGCUAGGAACUGCUUUUGUGCAUUUUGACAGAACUGAUGGAAAGUGUUGAACAAAUGCAUGCAGUUGCUGUAACUACUCUAUGGAUGCUACUAGGUUUUUGUCUUAGUUAGAUUAAGAUCCGUGCAACAAUGGCAGUCAUUAAAAUCAUUUAAUGUAAAGGCUAGCAUGCUAGCUAGUUUAGUAUUAUG